CCGCGAUUUAGUGCAUUGAGAUUUACCUGAUCUCUGUCUUGGUACCUACCACCUACUAAACUCCCUAGGUGCAGUAGCUGUGCAGUCUACCAAGUGCCGGAUACUUGGGGGACUGAUUCGACUGGCGCACGAGCAGCGAUGCCGAGUAUCCAAGGCUUCAAUACCUUGAGGGCAAGAUCAUACAUCUUUCGCUUACCUUUAUUUACCCGUGCUAUCCUACUGGCGAUAAUAUGUUUCUGGCUGGCUAGCUUGCCGGGCUACUGGGAUGUGAGGCUCUGGGGCUCUCUGAUCCCGGACAAGAUGUCCUUUGCAGCAGGAUACCGGUUGAAUACAUUCCCUCUUAUCCAUCUCAACUUCCUCCAUGCAGUUCUCAAUGUUGUUGCGUUGACGCCAUUGAUGGAACGAUUCGAAAGCGAAUAUGGAACACUGACUACACUGGCACUUUUCUUCGGACCUCUGACUACGAUUCCUGCCAUUCUGUAUCUCUUCAUUGAGAUUGCCAUUCUCCGUGCCAACCAUGCCGUCAUGGGCGCCAGCAUGUGGGUGUUUUUGCUGUUGGGCAUGGAGGCGAUCCGAACGUAUAAACAAAACCCAUAUCUGGUCAUUGGGACAUAUCAACUCCCUACUUGGACUACGCCUCUACUCAUGAUAGUGGUUGUUGCCGCGCUGCUGCCAAGCACUAGUUUGUUGGGCCAUCUUUGCGGCGUUGGCGUUGGCUAUAUCGCUGGUCUUGGCUACGUAAAGUUGCUCGCACCCCCAGAGUGGGCACUUCGAUGGAUCGAAUCUCGCCUGAAUCUCCUUGCCAUAUUGCCGCACUAUGUCAGCGUUGACCAAAAGACAUAUGGUAGAUUUGGCGUUUUGCCCUCCACCAAUCGCCCUGUUGGAGGCGCGUCGACAGAGUUAGUAGGAGUGGGUGCUUAAAUAUAUGAGCGGCUUCAUAUGACGCAGCCAUUUGGAUGCAUAUUACGCGGUGUUGACAUUCGCUUACUUUGCGAAGCUGAUCGUCAGUCAGAACAAAAUGGAGUGUUGUUAUGGGUAAAGCGUGGGAAUGACAGGUUAUUCGCGGCUCAGACGUUGAUUAUACAUAAGAGUUCGUUAUGAAGGAUAACCUGAAGCCAUACCGAACAUACAAUGUCUGAUAAGAAAUAGAAGGCAUCAUUCAAUUGCUCCCGUAAGCGUUUGGUGAAUCGAUUCAAUAAGC